AUGCCUUACACGCCGCCCUCUCACCGAUCUCCCGCCUCCUCAGCGACUGCUUCUCCGGAUGUCAGCCGACGCUCAUCAAUUACCUCCGGCCAGAAGCCUUCGCUCCCUCGCUCAGCCUCGUACCUCAGCAAGAACCGUCGAACACCGUCUGCACCCCCGGCUGUAGAGUCCCACUCUACACCAUCUCCUCCCUAUGGCUCUUCCGAUGAAGUCAAGAACGCCGGUACCCCUCCUGUGAGCGCAAGCCUCCGCAAGUCACCCCCGCCGGUGACUGACGACCGGGGAAUUCCUAAUGCUGCCAUCAUCUCUCCGCCCGACUCUGCCUCGUCAGAUAGCGAGGAUGACAGCCGGCCGGAGAUUCGAGGGAGGAAGCUGGGAAAGCUCAGGGAUGCCGUCAGCCAGAUUCCCCAACCCCGGACACCAUCACCCCCAAGCAAGGACUCGAGGCUAAGCCCUGGCGACGUUACUCCUCGAAGCAUCGUGCACACUAGCUUCAGUGCCAUGAGCCUAAGCGAUCUUCCCAAGUCGGGACGCCGGGGCCAUGUUCGAUCUGCAACCGAUCCCAAUGUGUCAGCUAUCAUGACAUCUGCUGAGAACUCCCAGACUGUCUCGGAGGACUCGGAGGAUGACUUGAGGCCUAAACCGCCGAUGGUCCGCAAGAAGUCCGGCGAGCUGGUCCGACCAGCUCUCCGUGGACACAAGCGACCCUCUAGCAUGCCUGGUACUCCUGUUUUCGCCAAGGCCGUUCACUUCGAUUCUCAUUUGGAGCACAUCCGUCACUUCCUCCAGGUCGACCGACCUUUGGCAGUUAGUGCGGGCUCGUCUCCGGUUGAGAACUACGACAGUGAUGCCGAGUAUCCCUUCCCGGGAGGCGAGAAGAGGACCGUUGCACGAACACCGCCGUUUGACUGGCAACUCAUCACCAACAACUUCCCCCACGACUCUCCAUCACGACGGGACCAACCUAAGCUGGUUGUCUGCCGCUUCACUUUGGACUACUGGAAGACAACUUCAGAGGUCGUUGCCGAGUUCAGCCACGAGAUCCGCCCCAAGGUUACCCGUGAUGGUCAAGACCGCUUCCAAUUCUCCAUCAAGUUGUCAGAUACUGCCAACCUGGAGAUGAAGACUCUGUAUUUCUGCAUCCGCUACAAUGUCAAUGGCCAGGAGUAUUGGGACAGCAACAGCUCUGCCAACUUCCAGGUCGACUUCCGGAAGCAAUUCAAGCCGCAGAACGGUAAGAACGGCUUCCAAGGCGCCCAGUCCCGGUCGAGCAACAACAGUCUGCCACGGAGCAACCGCAAGCAGACUCCUACUGCUCCCGGUCGACAGGUGCAGAUGCCUCUUUCGUUUGAUGAUUUUGAUAAAAAACCAAAGUUUAAGUUUGAUGACCAUAUCAACGACUUCUUGGGCGAGCACAACACUCCUGGCCUUCGCCUCAAGACCAAGUCGACCAGCAACUUGGCUAGUGAUAACAUUUCCAAGGGUCUGGGCCUGACCGCUCCCAGCGGACUGGCCUUUGCCAACCGUUAUGAUUUUGGAGCUUCACUGAGCGCUGCCGUCCAGGCCGCCAAGGACUCUGCAUCCAAGGACAAGGAUGCCCUCUACAUGAAGAGGAACGUCCGCGACAGCCCCACGCCCAUGAGCAUGAGCUUCGGCCCUCCUCUGAGCGCACAGUCUGCUUCGCAGUCCAGCCAGCCCGCCGCUGCACCUGCUGCCGCUGCCGCUGCCGCAGCUGCUGCUUCUGCUCCUUCUUCGCCCCCUGUUGGCCUUGGCCUCGGCCUCGCCAGCUCUUCCUACGAAGAGCUCGUCAGUAAAUACUGCUUUUUUGGUUCGAAGACAUCGACCACGACGGUGGCGACGACCAAGAGCGAAGAGAUCGAGGGCAUCAGCCCGACUACGGUGUCAGUGGCGACGAUGGCUCACCCUCUUCACCACACCGGUCCUGCAGCUCACCACAGCCUUCACCACCCCAUUGAGAUGAAGCUCACCCGCCCCCUGACCGCCGAUUACCUCGCGGCAUCGCACUCGUCUCCUCUCGACUCUAUAUCCUCUGUCCUCAUCAGCAGGGACCAGUCGUCGACGCCCAAGUCGAUGCCUCACAUGAGGUCGCCUUCGCCGUCUUUUUCCACAUCCCCAACUGAUGCUCCCUUCUUCGCGCAGCAGAUGAUUCAGCAGCGAUUCCGUUGGGGCGCAGAGCCUCAUACCGCUACCGCCAUCCGAGGCUAG